GGAACAAUUUUAAUAUCUGGUGGUUUUGGUGGUCUUGGUUUAACAAUAUCUCGAUGGAUGAUUGAACAACGAGGUGUUAAACAUAUAGCACUUAUGAGUCGUCGAACAUCAAUUGAACUUGAACAACCUUCAAAUCCACAGUAUGAUGAUUGGUUAAGAUUAAAACGAACAACAAAAGAAUAUAAUGCUCAUGUUGAUGUUGUUCAAGCAGAUGUAACAAAUUUUCAACAAGUUCAUGAUUUAAUUGAAAGAUUUCAAAAAACUUGUUAUCCUAUUCGUGGUAUUAUUCAUAGUGCUGUUGUUGCAGAAGAUCGUACUUUAGGCAAUUUAACACAAGAACAUUUAUCACUUGUUUUACCACCAAAAGUUCGUGGUGCAUGGUAUCUUCAUCAAGCUACACAACUUCUUCAUGCACCUAUUCAUUUUUUUAUUAUGUUUUCAUCCAUUCGAAAUCAUUUACUUGAAGUUGCAUCUGCUGGUUAUAAUGCUGGAAAUCAAUUUCUUGAUGCACUUGCUCAUUAUCGUUGUACAAAACUUAAUUUACCAGCAUUGUCAAUUAGUUUACCAGCUGUAAGUGGUGCUGGAAUGUUUCAUCGUCAUAAAGAAAUGCUCAAUACUUUAAAAGUCACACAAGGUUUUGAAUUAAUGCCAACAGUAAGUGUAUUCGAAUUAAUUGAAUGUUUUCAUCAAACUCAAAAGAUUUGUCCAUGUCCUGUUAUUUUUGCUGUUAAUUGGCAAACAUUACAUCGAAAUUAUCCAACAUUAGCUACAUCUUAUUUAAGAAAAAUAGUUGGUGAGCGUUAUAAAGAAAUGAAAUUUGAUCAACCAUCAUCCCCAGGAAAAAGUAAUUCAAAUGAGUCUACUAUGAACAAAAAAGAAACAAUUAUUGAACGAACUCAAUCAGCUGUUGCACGAUUAUUAGGUGCAGCUAGUGUUGAUCGUAUAGUUAUUGAUCGUUCACUUGUUAGUCAAGGUAUGGAUUCAUUAGCUGCUGUUUCAUUAUUUAAUUGGUUAGGUCAAGAAACUGGCAUUUAUAUACCAUUAGUUGAUCUUCUUCAAGGACUUUCAAUUAAAACAAUUGCAACACUUGUUUAUAAUAAACUUAAUGAAAAAGAACAAACGAUAUCAUCAGCUACAAAAGAACAUGAUUCCGAUUUUGAUUUAGUUGAUGAAAAUGAAGUUCAAUAUUCUAAUACAUCAACAUAUACUGGUUUAGAAAAUCUCAUUUGUCUACAUCGUUCAAAUCAAAAUAAUACUUCAACUCUUUUUUGUAUCACUCAAAUAUCAAAUGAUAAUAAUAAUGAAGAUUUGUUUACAUUUUUUAUUGAUAAAUUAUCUAAUCAAAAAGAUAAAACAUCAUCAAAUGAUAUCUAUGCUUUACAAAUACCAUCAAUAACAUCAUCAUCUAUAUCUACAUAUGCUCAAAAUCUUAUUACACAAAUGCGUCGUAUUCAACCAUGUGGAUCCUAUCAAAUAGUAGCUAUUCGAAACAAACCAGAAGAAACUAUUGCUCAUGAAAUGUUAAAACAACUCAAAACACAUUCACUCAUUACUAAUACGCAAUUACAUCUUUUAGAUGCUCUCAAUUAA